AAAAUAUCCAUCAUGCAUUACGAAAUUCUCUUUUUUUCCACCUCAAAGAUUAACGAGACUUUCUCAGUCGGAAGUGAAGAACCCGAAGUCUCGCUGUUUGAUUAACAACAUCUUCUACAUUAAAGGGAUCUCUCACCCACUACCAUAAAUGCUGAACUGAGCGCAACACUACAAUUCUCCGUUGUUAAUCGUGAAAUGCGGAGGUUCGUUUCUUACUCCAAAUUUCUCACUUCCUUUCACUCACUCUCUUCGUUUAGGGUUUUCUCUCGCUCUGUACAUCAAUUCAUUCCCAAUAACUCUAAUGUUGAUGAUGCCGUUUUCUCAUUCCAUCGCAUGCUAAAUAUGCGCCCUACUCCAUCCAUAGUUGAAUUUAGCAGGAUUUUAGGUUUCCUUGUUAGGACUAAGAAUCAUUACGCCACUACUAUUUCCCUUUAUCACCAAUUAGAAUUCAACCAAAUUCAACCAUGUAUUGUUACUUUAAACACCAUCAUCAAUUGUUAUUGCCACACAGGUCAAAUGAGGUUUGCUUUUUCUGUAUUUGCUAAGAUUCUCAAAAUUGGUUAUCAGCCUGAUACCAUAACUUUGAAUACUCUUAUCAAGGGUUUGUGUCUUAACGGUAAGGUUCAUGAAGCUCUGCACUUUCAUGACCAUGUCGUUGCACAUGGAUUUCGACUCGACCGGAUUAGUUAUGGUACUUUAAUCAACGGGUUGUGUAAAAUCGGGGAAACAAGAGCCGCCGUGAAAAUGUUGAGACAAAUUGAUGGGAAGUUGGUCAAGGUGGACGUGGUAAUGCACAACAUAAUAAUUGAUAGUUUGUGUAAAGAUAAGUUUGUAAUGGAUGCCUAUGAGUUAUAUUCUGAAAUGAUUGCAAAGAAAAUAUCUCCCGAUGUUGUCACUUUCAAUGCUCUUAUAUAUGGAUUUUGCGUUGUUGGUCAAUUGAGAGAAGCAUUUGGCUUGUUCCAUGAAAUGAUAUCAAAAUUCAUCAAACCAGAUGAUUAUACUUUUAAUAUAUUGGUGGAUGCUCUUUGUAAGGAAGGAAAAGUGAAAGAAGCUAAGAAACUGUUAGCCGUGAUGAUGAAAGAAGGUGUGACACCUGAUGUUGUUACAUAUAAUUCAUUAAUGGAUGGUCAUUUCCUACUUAAUGAAGUGAACAAGGCCAUGAAUAUAUUCUAUACUUUGGCUCAAAGGGGAGUGGCUCUUGAUGUUCAUUCUUAUAGUAUAAUGAUCAAUGGACUAUCUAAGAGUAAAAUGGUGGAUGAGGCCGUCAAUCUCUUCAAAGAAAUGAGUUGCAACAAUAUUAUUCCUAAUUUGAUGACUUACAAUGCCCUUAUUGAUGGUUUGUGCAAAUCAGGGAGAAUCUCCUCUGCUUGGGAGCUUGUUCUUGAGAUGCACGAUAAUGGUCAACCAGCCGAUAUAGUCACUUACAAUUCUAUAAUAUACGCUUUAUGCAAAAACCAUCAUGUUGACAAAGCUAUUGCCCUAGUCAAGAAAAUUAAAGACCAAGGCAUUCAACCAAGUAUGUUCACAUACAAUAUACUUCUAGAUGGAUUAUGCAAAGAAGGACAACUUAAGAAUGCACAAGAUGUUUUUAGGGAUCUUUUGAUUAAGGGUUAUAGUCUAGGUAUCCAAACGUAUAGUAUUAUGAUCAAUGGACUUUCUAGAGAGGGCUUGUUUGAUGAAGCAGAGGCCUUGUUGUCCAAAAUGGAUGACAAUGGUAUCAUUCCUAAUGCUAUAACUUAUGAAACUAUAAUCCGUGCGCUCUUUUAUAAAGAUGAGAAUGCAAAGGCAGAGAAACUUCUUCGCGAAAUGAUUACUAGAGGUCUACUUGAAGAGUAACUCUAGGUUCCUUACGGUCUCUGCAUGAUCUAAAUCAUUAUUUAUUUUCUCGUGGUGGAGAAAAAAAAUCACUUUUGAUUCACUUCUCUCCUGAUUUGGAUGUGAGAUCUUCAUCUUCCAAAUCAUACCCAAAAUCAUCAGGAUGAGGAUCCAGUCAAAGUCUAUUUUCUGGCACUAUAUAUUUCUUUGUACUCAAUUGUACUGCUGCUCCGUGGCAAAUCAAACAAACGACCAACAUCAUUCAAGGAUAUUUGAACUGCAGGAUCAGUUGAAUGAUCAUCAGUAUUUAGUUCUGAUUGAUUAGUAUGCACUAAUGAUGAUGCUGUUGGAUUUGUAUUCAUGUCUCUUUCGAAUUUUGCUUUAUUCGUGCGAUGCAAGAGCUUUUGUCAAUGAUGGUUCACACACACAAGCUUAUCAGAAAUGAUAUACUCUUUGUUUUCUAUUAUUUAUUUGUUUCUUCCAUUAAUUCUAUCACAUUCCAUGAAAUUAUGAAAUCUGUAUUUUACUUCAGAAUA